AUGUCUUCACGCUUCCGCCAUCCGCUUCCUGCGCGGCCUGCGUCGCCCACAAGCUCGGCACCUCCCCCCACGACGCUCGCCGCUUCGCACGCCCAAGCCAAAGGGCCCGAGCCGAACCGACCCCCACAUCGUCUGCUCGACGUCUUCUAUCGCACGCACGAGGCGCUUGCAAGCCUGCUUCCGCUUGAACUCAUCUUCAGAGCAGAGGACACGUCGAGCUACAUCACCUUUGUCAAGCAGACCAUUGUCGCGACGUGCACGGUCGAUGAACGCGACGACCAGGGAUGGCGAGCGCUGCAGCAGCUUCAGCAUGAAGCAGGAGACGUCGUCACUGUGGGGAUGCAGGAGGUAAGUUAUCAGAUUUGAUGCGCUUGUUCAACUUCUAGAUCCAGCUUCGUCAAUGUGGCGCUGACGGCUUCGAGCUGUCUGGCCGCUAUGUCAUCAGGUGCUUGCACAAGUGCACACCCGAAUCUUUGCCCAGCAUGCCAAGAAGUUGGCCAAAACCCGUCAAGCACCUGGUACUUGGAUGUCGAGUACACCCAAGAACGUGCUAUGUCUGGGCCAUCGACCGGUAUGUCAAUCGGAAUGGCGAUCAGCCUCGCGAGCGUAUGCGCGCUCCAAAUUAACAUCACGACCUCACGACCUCACGACCUCACGCUCCACCUGUGCCACCUAUGCCAUCCUGUGGGACGGAACCGCCUCGAUUCGCUUGGUGCAGGUCAACGUCUACCGAUUGGAUUCGGUCGGGACGGGAGACACAACCAAAGUAGUUAAUGACCACGUCAACACCACCCUUGGAUCUAUCAGCAUCAGCAAGAACUGGCUCACACUUCUGCGCAGGUGAGGGCAGGUUUUUUGACUUGACGACCCGGUCGUACAGACGCGGGCCAAAUCGAGUCGGUAAGCUAAUACAUGUUGAUGUUCUUCGCUCUAGAAUUGGUAUCAACGCUAUGAUACACCUCCUCUCGUCGCCUGACCUUGCGGUGUUCUCGCUAUUACCGAAUGGAUGCCUUCUGCAAUGCUCCGGUACGCCUCUGGCCGAACUCACCACGCUCGCUUCUCGAGCCGCCAAGAGCGAUGUCGCCAAGCCGUCACGAAAGCGCAAGCGAUCCAGAGCCAAGAGCAAGUCUCAAAGCGACGCGAUUGACAUAGAUGGUCCGGUGCCGAUGGACGUGGAUGAGGUCAAGGCGUCUGGAUUUGUCACCGGACCUUUGCCGGCGGCGCCAGACUUUGUCGAACCUAACAGACCAUCGGCCGCUCCCAUGAGUAGGACCGCAUCGAGCAUGGACGUCGACGAUAACAACUUCGACUCAAACUUGGCAACGUCAAAGCGAAAGCAGAAUGAGGGAUCGGCUCGGCCAGCAAAGCGGAAGAAGUUAGCGACCUUGUACGUACGCACCUGCGCUGGCAAACGCCCAAACCACUCUUCUGAUGCACACAGCUCUGCAGGAAUUCUCCAAGCGAGAUAGUGAUUCCACGGAUGCGUUUGUAUCAUGCUCGGCCUAACAAAGGCCCCAAAGCCCGCCUCGUCUAUGGUCUAUCCAACAAGCGUAAGAGAGGACUUCCUAUCAAGGUCGCUUGUCGUCGCGUCGGGAAGCUGAGCCCUUUCUACCUCUAGAUAUCCUCACACGAUUGCCAGCCAUGUUCCCUCCGGCGGCCCAACAAACCAAAGCCGAUGCAGGGCAGCUACUAGGCGGUGCUCGACACCUCGCAAAGUACAUCUUUCCUCGCCAGUUUGGCCUGCACAACGUCUUCACCUAUCCCAAGCCGAGGCUCAACGUGGAGGUCGUCUCUGAUCACCACGAUCGAGAAAUCGAGAUCAAGGUCGGCAUAGAACGAGCAGAGGAACGUUUGUCGGGGUUGCUUGGGAAACUAAUUUCUUGCAGGCUUGUCGACAGAAACUCGGAACGGUCAAAACUCCCGAGAGGGUCAAGCCAACGCUACCGAUGCUUCAAAGGAUGAUGCUCCUGCAUUCGAGAUGUAACUAUCGCAAGAUGCUCGAUCGAUAUUGCCCCAAGAAGGUGAGCCAGUAUGAACUCGGUACAGCUCCUCCUCAAGGGAAUAUUGACCAUGUUCAGACCUUUAUACUCAGGUCACCAAGGAAGCCAAUCUCAGUCAGGCGGAACGAGCGGUAUUGCUGGUUAGGGCCUCCCAGCUUUGGUGCUACGCGUGCAGAUCGAGGAUUCUGAUUGGUUAUGUUACUUUCUUUGCCACGACAGAAACUUAUGUCGCAACCGGAGACUCAAUCCCCCCAUGUCGAGCCUUCUGCCAAAGACCACGAGGAAGAUGAGGAGGAUGAGACCCCUAUGGCCCACGGCGCAUCUCAAGCGAGAGCCCGGGUCAAGGCAAAACCUCGCUUCACUGAAUACAUGUGCUCCACGUAUGAGGUACGCGUCCGUAAUUUACACACAUUCACUUCUCCUAUCCGCUGAUACAGGCGUGUGCAGGUAAUCUGCUAUGUCACCGCCGUCGUGCGCGAUACGAUUCCUCGAGAUUUCUGGGGAUCCAAGUCCAACGAAAACCUCGUUUUGAAGCGUCAGUUGCUGUGUCUUAACCUCGAGAAUGUCGCCCAAACCGCCUAACCCGAGCCGUCUUGAAAUUUGACAGAUGCGGGCGAAUUCUUACGCCUGCGCCGCUUCGAGACCAUGUCGCUGCACACUUUAUUGCAAGGGCUUUGUGUCGCGGAUUGUGAUUGGUUGCUCCCUCUGAGUGCGACCCGCCCGAGGAAUCGGUUUCAACGGGCCCCUUCGGUGGAGAUGGCGAAGCGCCGGGAAGUUUUAAUGGAGUUCCUGUACUGGUUCUUUGACGGGUUCAUUGUGGACCUCGUACGGGUAAGUCCGCAAAGCGGCCUCACGCGGCGAUUGCUGAGGCUUAUGCAGGGUGAUGACCGCGCUCCCUAAAAGACCGCGUUUUGCGUCACGGACUCGGCGACACACGACAAGAAGGCCAUCUACUUUCGUCAUGAUGAUUGGUCCUCGAUCUGCGGUCCGAGUCUCGGCUCUAUUCGGCAGACGAUGUUCGACUCGAUACCUGACGUGAGUUUGACCUAUUCUUGUCAUACACGGUUGGGGAUGUCGUUUUACCGCUUUUGACUUGUUUUCAUCGACAGGAGAAAGCACAUGUCCUUCUUGCCGAUCGACAGUUGGGCUUUUCGUUCUUGCGACUCUUGCCCAAAGCGACGGGCUUUAGACCGAUCGUCAAUCUGGCGAGGAAGCCUCUUAUCACUGGUGUAAGCAUCUCGCGAGACCCUUCCUAGAGCCGACGUGAAUGGCUGAGCUUUGCCCCCGUCUUGGCCAUUGCAGCCAUUUGGUCGCAAGGAGCUCGGCAAGACGAUCAACAAGGUGCUGCAGGCCAGCUUCGAUGUUUUGACUUUCGAAAAGGUUGGUUGAAUACUUAGCCGUUGUUGCUCAUAGUUCGAAAAGUUGAUUGAAGCUUUUGAUGCGAUGAGGGCAGAAUCGCAAGCCGCAGCUUGUCGGAUCACUAGUCGGCAGUCCGAUGGACAUCCUCGAGCGACUCAAGGCGUACAAGAUCAAGAUGUCCAAGAACGGGACUCAGCCCCUGUGAGUCAGACAUCGAUCCCGGAUUUUUGGUACAUACGCUAACUCGAUGAAAGGAGUACGGUAGGCCGACCCUGUACUUCGUCAAAGUCGAUGUCCAAGGGGCUUACGAUUCAAUCAAGCAAGAGAAGCUCUUGUCGAUUGUCGACAAAGUGCUCACCGAGGUGAGUACACAACGCAACGCACCCUCUCUGACGAACCUUGCGGUGCCUAAUGAGUGUUCCCCUGACAACACAGAGCGACUAUGCAGUGCAAAAAUACGCUCAAGUCAUCUUGCAAUCGCGCAAGCCUUUCCGAAGUUGGCGCCGCCUCGCCUGUCCCGAAGACGAUCAAGACCAGUUCGAGCACCUCGCGAAGAAGAUCGCUGCGCGCACUCAUGAAGGCGUUUUGUCCGAUCAGGUACGAAGCGGAUUCGCCUUGGCGGAUGGUUGGCGAGAUCGUGCUGAUUCUCGGGUGAUUCGUGUGUACUAGGUCGUCUAUCAAAGCAUCACCCGACCCGAAGUGAUGAAACUGCUACGCGAACAUAUCACCGCCAACCUCGUCAAGGUUGGUGAAGAAGAAUCGGGCACCGCAGAGGCCCUCCCAACUAAUCCUCUCCUCUGUGCGACAAUCACAUCUUUGACAGUUCGGUACCCAUUUCUACAAACAAAAGGACGGGAUACCGCAAGGCUCGGUCUUGUCAAGUCUGCUCUGUAGUUUGUUCUAUGGGGACAUGGAGCAGAAAGUGCUCAAAUUCACGGACGAUCCAGACUCGGUGGGUUCUGAUUCCGAGAAUUCGGCGGGGUUCAAUCAAUUGAGCUUCGGCCAGUAUCCCAUCGUACAGCUUCUGCUCCGCUACGUCGAUGAUUUUCUCUUCAUCACGACACAGAAACCGCUCGCUGCUCGAUUCUUGCGCGUUAUGGAUCGGGGUAUGCUCCAAUCCCUGUUUGGCUGGAUCGCACAGCACACAGCUAAACAGGCUGGUAGCGUACAGGUAUCCCUGAGUAUGGCUGCAAGAUCUCACCGGAGAAACGACUGACCAACUUCGACAUCGCUUUACGCCCGGAAGAGGUCGUACCGCCUUGGAGGGAUCCAGGUGAGUGGACUCCACGUGCCGGUUCUCGAUCAACGACAAGGAAGAAACACUGAUCAUGUCUCCAUUGUGGCGAUCGACUAGCCUUCCCUUGGUGCGGUCAUACGAUUAACACAGGGAACUUGGACGUUCGAGCCGACACGACCCGGUCGUCGGAAUCGGGUCAGUUUGUGCUUUCGUAUUUGGCGCGUAUAACUCGUGACGAAUCCCAAUGA